CAUUCCUUAAUGCCCCCUGCCAUUUCCAUCUGCUCACCUCGCCUCCUCCGAUCUCCUCUCCUCGCCAGCCCCCUCAUCUCUCAAUGGCGUCCCGCUCCUGCCUCUUGCUAUCCCGCACCGUUGGUGAGAUUCCUGCCCGCUCGAUCACCCCCGGAGCCUUCCCCCCUUCCACCUCCGCGGUGUCUGCCACCAUCCGCGCUGCGGGCUCCCGCGCGACCGCCAGCCAGAUCGUCGCCAUACAUUCUCCGCUGUCGCAUUUGGUCUCCGCCUCCCCCUCCACCAUCCCCGCGCCCACGUCCGGCGUGACCAUGGACAUCACCCCGCUGACGCAGAUGGGUUGCGCUCGCCGAUGGGCGUUACCAUGGUCAGCCGCCGCGGCGGCGGGCCUCAGAUGCGCGCCCGCCGCGCCGGUGGGCAUCAGGUGGGUACCAGCCACGGGUACCACCGUGGGGGCGGGCCCCCAUGAUCCUCACCAGCCCCCUCAUCUCUCAAUGGCGUUCCGCUCCUGCCUCUUGCUAUCCCGCACCGUUGGUGAGAUUCCUGCCCGCUCGAUCACCCCCGGAGCCUUCCCCCCUUCCACCUCCGCGGUGUCUGCCACCAUCCGCGCUGCGGGCUCCCGCGCGACCGCCAGCCAGAUCGUCGCCAUACAUUCUCCGCUGUCGCAUUUGGUCUCCGCCUCCCCCUCCACCAUCCCCGCGCCCACGUCCGGCGUGACCAUGGACAUCACCCCGCUGACGCAGAUGGGUUGCGCUCGCCGAUGGGCGUUACCAUGGUCAGCCGCCGCGGCGGCGGGCCUCAGAUGCGCGCCCGCCGCGCCGGUGGGCAUCAGGUGGGUACCAGCCACGGGUACCACCGUGGGGACAGCCUCCAUGGGGGCCCGCCCCUUCUGCUCGUCGGCCGCGGAGGAUUCAGGUAGCCUGACGGACGACGCAGCGGGUCUCCACAAGGAGGAGACAGCGGGUACCAAGGCAACAGGUCCCCCCAAUGAGGAGAAGGAUGCUGGGACCAACCCGGACGAGGCCACCAUCAAUUUCGAGGCCCAGUCAUCGCACAACCCGUUUUUUGUGGUGGUGGGCCACAUGAUAAGAUCAGGAAUCUACAGUAAAGCUGAAGUUGAGUAUUUUCGUGCCUUGCUAUGUGAGAAGUUUCCGGAGGAGACUACUGUUGGAGAGCUCCACCAGAAACUCAAGUCAUUAGAAAAGGUCUUGGACCAUCACACUUUGCAAAUCACAGCACUCGCGAAUAGGCGUGAAACUGGGAAAGUAGACUGCCCCUCCAAUGGGAAAGCAAAGGAGAGCCCCGCACCUGAGAAAGCAAAGGAGACCCCCGCACCUGAGAAAGCAAAGGAGACCCCCGCACCUGAGAAAGAGUGGUUCACAACAACCUACAAGGGGAAGAAACUAGAUUAUCAAAAGAUCUUCAGUACAUUGUCCACAAUUGCUAGAAACUCGGGAUUUGGUUGAACAAAUGCUGACAGUCGCCUAACUUCACCGCUUUCACAUUGGGAGGCGUCAGAGACGACAACAUAAGAAUGAAACUUUUGUAUGUUGAGAAAAACUCGGCAGCUUAAACUAGAUCUUGUUCUUCUGACAGGAGGAACCUGUUUGUUUCUGCCUCACGGUUUUAAAAUUCAGAACCGUCAAAACCAUUAACCAGAAUGGCUGAACAUUUAUGCAGUGACAAUGGUUGCUCCUAUUCUGGCAACUACUCCGGACUUUUCUAGACAGAAAUCUUGCAACUACUUCGUCGUUUAUAGCUGCAUAUCUCUUAGAUGAAGCUUCCGAUGUCAA